GAAUAAAGUGCAGCUGCGUCGCGUGCGUCGACCGACACAACUCCUAAAAUCCAAAGCUGUCUUGUACGUGCUUAUCCUGCAAAGUCUUUUCCGAACUUAGCAAGAAAAAAAAAAGAGCAAAUAAUCAAAAAUGGAGUGGACUCCGAUGGAAAUCAACCCCGAGAUGCUGAACAAGAUGACGAGCAAGCUUGGCGUGGGUGGCUGGCGCUGUGUUGACUUGCUGGGGUUGGAGGAUGAUCAGCUCUCUGCUGUACCCAAACCGUGUUGUGCCUUGAUGCUUCUCUUCCCCCUCACUCAACAGCAUGAGUCUUUCAGAGCUCAGCAGGCAGACAAGGUUUCAGGAGGCUCUGAUGUUUACUUCCUGAAGCAGACUGCAGCCAAUUCUUGUGGCACCAUCGCCCUGGUGCACGCCGUGGCCAACAAUAAGGAUAAACUGUCUUUUGAUGGUGACUCUGUCUUGAAUGCCUUUUUGAAAGAGACUGCCAACAUGUCUGCUGACGAUCGUGCUAAAUGUCUGGAGAACAACGAGGCGAUCUGUGAGGCUCACAAUGAAGUUGCAAAGGAAGGAGAGUGCCGGCCUGAACCUGACAAAGUCAACUUUCACUUCAUUGCCUUUGUCAAUGUAAAUGGACAACUUUAUGAAUUUGAUGGAAAAAUGAAUGGACCAGUGAACCAUGGAGCGACCAAAGAGGAGUCCUUUGUUGCUGAUGCAGCCAAAGUGUGCCGUGGAUUCAUGGAACGAGAGAAAGAUGAAGUCCGUUUCUCUGCGGUGGCUUUUUGUCAGUGUUAAAUAUUUGCCAGAUGUCUAAAUCAGUUAAUUGUAAACCACAAUGUUCUGAAACGUUUUAAACUCAUAGAAAAUCGAUCUAUGUGCACAUCCAAAUGCUGGCACUAUGCACUAUAAAAGAUUUCACCUCCAACACAGUUGUCUUUAACUUGAGCUCAUAAAAAAAUAAAAUCCAAACCAUUUUGUUUUGCUGACACUUAAACACUGUUUCAUGUGAUUUCACCGUUCUGCUGUGAAAACAUUACUGUCUUACAUUAUUUGAACAUGUGUCACUCAGACUGCUGUAAUACCUUUUGUGCCAACAAAUGAGAAACAUAAGUUAAAAGUUGUUUCUCUGCAUGCCUUCAGCUGCUUUGUUUUUGGGUUCAUUACAACUGGAUGUUCUCCAAAGAAUCCAAAGAUUUUAUUUUAUUUUAUUUUUUUGUAGGGUAAGUUGUAUUUAAUUUGCUUUAAUGUUCUGAGUGGGUUUUCUUGGGUGAUACUUUAUAUUUUUCUGUGAAAACUUGACUUUUCUUUGCAUUGUUCAAUGUUUUUUUUUUUUCCAGGUAAAAAGCACUUUAUUUGGGACUUUCAUUUAAAUUGUCGAUAAAACAGGCAAGCACAGAAUCUGUAAAACAUGUUUCAUCUGAAGUGCUUUUGUAUGUUGGAUUGUUGGCUAUCUGCUACAUCUGUGUUCAAACUGUUUACCUUUUUUGCACUUUGCUAAUCCUGUGUUGCUGGAGCACAGUAAUGGGGGAUUUAAAUAAAGCAAAUAUUAAAUGUUCAA